AUGGAGAUUGACGGACUUCAAGUCAAUCCAAUCAAGCAUCGUCGAGUCAGCGUGACCUUCUGCAAUGUCAGCCUGACUUACACCCACCCCGGUUGGGAUGAUUUGAUUAACAUCAAGGUGUGGCUACCUCUCUCGGGUUGGAACCAGCGCCUGCAGGGCAUCGGUGGCGACGAUUUCGCGGGGACCCGCGGUGACAGUGCCACGGCCAUGGCCGUGGCCGAGGGGUAUGCAGCAGUUAGCUCCGACUUGGGACAUAAUGCAUUCGCCCCGUCGGCACGAGAAUGGGCGCUCGAUGACGAGUCGGGGCAUGUGAACGUGGCCCGGCUGCUGGAUUUCUCCUCCGUCGCUCUGUCCGAGAUGGCUAUUCUGGCGAAAGACAUUGUCCAACAAUUCUACGGAGAGGUGCCGAAGCGCUCCUACUGGAACGGAUGCUCCGGGGGCGGCCGCCAGGGAAUGGUGCUCGCGCAGAGCUAUUGGUUCAACUUUGCGAUGCGUUUGCUGAACAUCUAUCCAUCUCCCUGCGUGAUGAACGCUAUUGCUGCGGAGGUCAUCAAGGCCUGCGACGAUCGUGAUGGAGUCAUCGAUGGAAUCAUUACCGAGCCAGACCUUUGUGACUUUAAUGCGCUUCUCCUUGUCGGCAAGCAUGUCGACUGCGGUGACGGAGUCGACGUUGAGAUUACGCUUGAUGUGGUCAUUCUGGCUCAGAAGAUGUGGCAGGGCAUGCGCGAUCAGUACGGGGUGCCUUUGUGGCAUGGCUUUUCACGAGGUUCGCUGUGGCACGGCACUGAGUGUUCCUCGUCGGAAGCAGUCCACAAUCAUAGUUGUAACCCUACGCUCUAUCGCGUUGUGAUCGACUGGCUGUCGUUGUUCCUCGCGCAGAACCCAGAUCUAGAUCUAUAUCAGUUGAAGUUGACAUAUCCAGAGUUUGAAGGCUUGUUUCGUCUCUCGGUCGCCGGCUAUCGGUCCAUAAUCAGCGCCGACUCCCCUGAUCUUCACGAGUUCAAGAAGCGCGGAGGUAAGAUCAUUCACUGGCAUGGGCUGAACGACGAGAAAAUAGCUCCCGGUGGGUCCAAGGCCUACUAUGCAGCCGUGACAGAGCGUGAUCCUGCAGUCAUGGACUUUUACCGGUAUUUCGAGGCUCCAGGGGUCGGCCACUGUGGCUCAGGGCCGGGCCCUGCUCCUUCGGCCAUGAUGGCCGCACUGACAACAUGGGUAGAAAUGGGGAUGGCUCCGGAUAGCCUUCCAGCUGUAUCGGAAGAUGGGAGUCUGUCGAGGAUUGUGUGUCCAUACCCUUUGGUAGUCACCUACCUGGGAGGAGAUCCUGAUAAGCCCGAAGAGUGA